AUGAGUUCAUUUAGGAGUAUAGUUCUGCAGCUUAUUGAUGAUAUAAUGAAUCUAGCUCCAUAUCUACAACUCUCUCUACCACCAACUUAUCUACAUACAAAAACAAGCUCUCUUACGUCAUCACAUUCACCACUAACUAGUACAAGUACGGAUCAUUCUCCUCAGAGUAAUUCUACCUUCAACAGCCCAAUGUCAGUAGAAGAGAUACAGCAUAAUGACACAGAAGGUUUAUGCUACCAAGUCGUCCGUGAUGCUUUGACCACCGAUAAUACAGUAAUAUAA